UAUUGUUGUGAAAUUGAUGACAUGUCAGCUAUUUGUCAGAAAUUGUAAUACUGUUUCACGACUUUCACUAAUAAGAUAUUAAAAUAAAACAUGGAUGAAAAUACACACAAAACCUUAUCUGGAAUACCGCUCUUGAAAACAAAAGCAGGUCCAAGAGAUAAAAGUCAAUGGCCAGCCAGAUUGAAAGAAGAAUAUUUAGCAUUAAUUAAGUAUGUACAGAAUAAUAAAGAUGCGGGAAAUGAUUGGUUUCGCUUAGAAUCUAACAAAGAUGGAAAUAGAUGGUUUGGAAAAUGUUGGUACAUGCACGAGCUACUAAAAUAUGAAUUUGACAUUGAAUUUGAGAUUCCUGUAACAUACCCUAUGACAUCCCCUGAAUUGGCUCUGCCAGAAUUAGAUGGAAAAACAGCUAAAAUGUAUCGAGGUGGAAAAAUAUGUUUGUCAGAUCAUUUCAAACCUUUAUGGUCUAAGAAUGCUCCAAAAUUUGGUAUUGCACAUGCAAUGGCUUUAGGGCUUGGGCCUUGGCUCGCUGUGGAAAUUCCAGAUUUAAUAGCAAAAGGUGUAAUAACGUAUCAAGAAAAAACUGAAUAAAUUAAAUUUUUAUAAACAAUUUUAUUAUAUAAUAAAUAAUAUCAACAA